AUGCAAAACUAUCAUGGAUGCUCGUUUUCUAUUUAUGGAGCACUAAAGGUUUUGAUUCUUCAGGGUGUGUGUGCUGUUUUAGCUGAUACAAAUGAAGCGAUGGUGUUUAAAGUUGGGAGCUCCCUGAGUCUAACAGUGAAAUCUCAAAAUGAAUCAGUGUCAUUAGUUGAAUGGAACUUUAAUAAGAUAAGGUUUGCUGAUUACUUUCCAGACCAUACCUACACAUUUGAGGAAUCUCAGUUUAGUGGAAGAUUAAAAGCUCUCCAUGGUAUUAUUGGAAUAACUAUACAAGAUCUCCAACCCCAAGAUGCUGGAACAUUUUCAAUAAUUGAAGUUGGACCUCAUGGACAGUCUACUACACAGAAUAUUAAAGUUCAUAUUCAAAGGCCCAUAACUGCUGUGCAGAUUGAUCAGCCUCAAAUAUGGAAAGUAUCCACAAACAGCUGUGUUGUAAAUGUGAAGUGUGCAGUGCAUGGAGCUGAGAGUGUUUCCUACCUGUGGGGUGGCUAUAUAAAUGCAAGUGGAGCUCAGCUACAGUUCAGUCUCCCACCAGCUGACAGAGCCAUUAUACUGAACUGCACUGCAGCCAACAACAUCAGUUCCAGUUCUGCUACAGUGACACUGACCUGUAGCACAAAUGCAGAAACUACAAUGUCAGAACUCAAACUGGUCAGCAGUCUUGUGGCAGCUUUUCCAUAUUUGCUGGUAACCAUCAUUCUAGGUGUAAAAUGUAAGAGAGCUCACGGUCACAAUAACAGGCAAGAUGCCCUGGCAGUCAUAGAGGAAUGA